GUGAAGGUUUGGGUUCAGCCGCGGGCUCCGAGCGGGAGACCACAAGAAACUGGAUGAGGGGCUGAAGGUGGACCUAAUUUCAUCCGAUCCCUGUCCUUGCAGCCCCUGCCCGGAUGGCAGCAGUAGUUCUAGGGGGAGACACCAUGGGCCCCGAGCGUAUCUUCCCCAAUCAGACUGAGGAACUAGGGCCGCACCAGGGCCCUGCGGAAGGCACUGGGGACUGGAGCAGCGAGGAGCCUGAGGAAGAGCAGGAGGAAACGGGGGCAGGCCCAGCUGGCUACUCCUAUCAGCCCCUGAACCAAGAUCCUGAACAAGAGGAGGUGGAGCUAGCACCGGUGGGGGAUGGAGAAGAUGUAGUUGCUGAUAUUCAGGAUCGGAUCCAGGCCCUGGGGCUUCAUUUGCCAGACCCACCAUUAGAGAGCGAGGAUGAAGAGGAGGAGGGAGCUACAGGAUUGAGCAAUCACAGCUCCAUUCCCAUGGACCCCGAACAUGUGGAGCUGGUGAAAAGGACGAUGGCUGGAGUAAGCCUGCCUGCGCCAGGGGUUCCUGCCUGGGCUCGGGAGAUAUCAGAUGCCCAGUGGGAAGAUGUGGUACAGAAGGCCCUUCAAGCCCGGCAGGGGACCCCAGCCUGGAAGUGACUAGCCUGAGAGCUGCCUUAUCUCCCUGCAUUCCAGGCCAGAACCAGCACAGGACUGAACACAUCCCUGGUUGUAACGUCCAUCUCCAUCUUUCCCAUCUCCCUUUCCACAUCAAGGCAAAUCAGACUUCUUCUCAGAGACCCACUUUAUUCAGUUCUGUACAUACGGGGACAUCGGCCCAAGCCCAACCCAUCUUAGCAUGUAUCACUCUGUGGAGAAUAAAGCACCCUAUGUACACAGCCAAAAGCUGUACCGCCUGGGCCCCUGGGACCUGGGUCUGGCCCUCCUCAGCCCCUCGCCCCUCCAAGGUGUCCAAAAGGGACAAGUGGGGGCCUGCCCAUCACCAGCAUAAACAAGGAAAUAAAUAGGUGUUCGGGGAGCCAUGCUUGGGGCACUGCUCCCUGCUUCCUCCUAGCUUUGGGAACCAACAGCACAGGAAAGCAGUCAACCCCAGGGUGGUCCCUUGCAUGUCUGUAAUCCCAGGGCUGCUGCUCACCAUAGAGGGGGCACAGGGUAGGGUGUUUGUUCACCCCCUUCUCUUGGUCCAUCUGGGCCCUGUAUUCAUCACCUGUGGUCCAUAGCCUAUGCUUUUCUCCUUUUGACCUCCCACGUUGUCUUGGUCAGGCAGGGGGUAAAAGAAAGUAAUUCAACCCCAUC